AUGGCUUCCGCUACCAGCUUCUUCGACUUCAAGCCCAAGGACAAGAAGGGCUCUCCCUACGACCUCAACAAGCUCAACGGCAAAGUCGUCCUCGUCGUAAACACCGCCUCGAAAUGCGGCUUCACACCCCAGUUCGAGGGUCUGGAGAAGCUAUACAAGGAGGUCAAGGGCAAAUAUCCCAACGACUUUGAGAUUAUCGGCUUUCCAUGCAACCAGUUUGGUGGCCAGGACCCAGGCUCCAACGAUGAGAUCCAGGAGUUCUGCCAGAUUAACUACGGCGUUAGCUUCCCAGUCCUUGGAAAGAUUGAUGUCAAUGGCGCACAGGCAGACCCCGCAUUCGAAUGGCUUAAGAACGAGAAGCCCGGCCUCAUGGGCCUCAAGCGCGUAAAGUGGAACUUUGAGAAGUUCCUCGUCGGCCGUGACGGAAAGGUCAAGGGCAGGUGGGCAAGCACCAAGAAGCCUGAGGACCUCAAGGCGGAAAUCGAGAAGGAGCUGGGCGGCAAAUAA